AUGGCUGAUCGGAAUUCUUUUGGUUCUAAACAAAACCACAGUAAGGAACGCAGCAAUAUUACUUUUGAUCAAUUAACUAAUAACGAAAGCAAUAAAAAACACUGCUCGAGAAAACGAAAUUUAUCUGAGAGUAAUCGAAAUGCUUUGCAAGAACAAACACGGUAUGAAUUUGAAAAACGAAGAAACAAGCAGUCUGCAUCUGAAGAAGAAGAUGAUGAUCUUGAUUUGGCGAGUAAUUUUUUUGAAGCAAAUGAUGAAGAUGAUGAUGCUAACUCCAGUACUAACGAAGAAUCAACCGAAAAUCCACUGAGAAACAAUACUAAUUUUACUCACGUAUUAUCAAUUAUAAUGUAUUAUGACAAUUUAUUAUCUCAAAGACUUGUUUAUUCUGGACCUUCAUCGGUUGGUUCACAUUAUGUAGUGAGCUACGGUACGGUAUCAGAUGCUAAUAUUGGUGCUUGUGAUAGUUUCUAUGGACGUAUUAAUAAUAAUACAACAAAUGCAAUAUUGCCAAAUGGAUGUUUGAAUCGAAAUACCGAUCAACAGGAUUUUAACACUGUUGGAUCGAUUGUUCGACAUCCUUUUAACAAUUCACGGCCAACUAUUUGUAAUUUCGGUUCAUGUCGUGCGAUUUGUGGGCAUUUUGCAAAUUCCUUGCCAUCCCUGCACAGAAUGCCAUUGCUUGCAUCAGAAACAUUUUGUGCAGUACCUGGGCGAACUUCAUUACUAAGUUCUACCACAAAAUAUUAUGUAACGAUUGGAGAAAUUUAUCGUCGCAUUUCACCACCAGAAUGUUUGAAUGCUUCACUUCUUGGAGGAAUUUUGCGCAAAGCAAAAUCAAAAGAUGGUGGGAAAACUUUACGUGACAGUUUAAAACGAGUUGGAUUAACAUUACCAGCAGGACGAAGAAAAGCUGCUACUGUAACGGCAUGGACAGCUUUAGUUGAAGAAGAAGCAGUACAGAUGGCUAAAGAUUUUGCAACAGUAAGCGAAAAAGCAUUUCCAGUACGUCAAAUUGCAGAGUUCAUUUGUAGCCGAAUGGCUUGGCACGAUGACCUUCGAGAAUGUCGCACUUUUCUUGAGCAUGCAAGAUCACUUAUCAGAGAGCUAUCGGACCUGAUGAAUGCAGAACGCUUUGGGCCUAUACCAAGUGGUCAAGCAAAUUCAUCUACUAGCUCAGUUGUGCAACAUGGUGUAGCACAUUUCUCACUGUUAACCCAUGGAUUUGGGCCUAUGGCUUUCGUUACAGUGUUUGAUACUUUGAUCGCACUGUUCGAUGAAAUGCUGAAGUGCUGUGAUCGGACUGAACAACACCUAAAUGUUCCGUUAUCAGUGAUAUCUGUUACACAUAUACCUUCUAACCGCUUUACAUACAGUAAUAACAUGUGA